AUGACGCUUUUUCAGAACUUCAAUACACAUUCUUUAAGAUCGACGCGUGGAUUUAAGCUUAAACAAACUUCGUCGCCUAUUUCAAGUCCACAAACAGCAGCUAGUAACUUGGGAUGGCUUCCCCAGAGCAGUAGCCAUCUGCCGCAGCAACAGCAACAGCAACAGCACCAGCAACAGCAACAGCUGCAGCUAUCGGAAAAUCCGUAUCAAACUCUCAAUAAGACACCGGCGCAAUCAUCUAUUGCUCAAUCGGUAUCGACACAUAAGGAUAUAAGGAAUUAUGCUGAGCAAACUUUAGGUUCGGAUAAUGCUUUGAUUCAAGCCGUUAAGUUGCCCAAAGACGAAGACUUAAACGAAUGGUUGGCCAUACAUGUUGUUGACUUCUACAAUCAGAUAAAUAUGCUUUAUGGAGCAAUAACCGAGUUUUGCUCACCAUUAACGUGUCCUAGAAUGAUCGCUACAGAAGAAUAUGAAUAUUUAUGGCAAGACUCAAAUCCAACACCAUCUCGAAAUGAUGGAUCUUCUUCAAUAAUGGUUAUUCUGCCCAAGAGACCAGUGUCGUUACCAGCUUGCGAGUAUAUUGAAAAUUUGAUGAACUGGGUGCAAAACUUUUUUGAUAAUGAUAAUAUUUUCCCUUCAAAAAUAGGUGCACCUUUCCCACACCAAUUUCCUACAUUGGUGAAAACUAUUUUCAAACGGCUAUUUAGGAUUUAUGCACAUAUUUAUUGUCACCACUUUCACGAAAUUAGCGAGUUGGGAUUACAGAGUCACUUGAAUACGAGUUUGAAACACUACGUUUUACUAGCUAAUGAGUUUGAUUUAAUCGGCCGCAAGGAUUAUGGGCCUUUGGAAGAUUUGGUUGAUACAAUGUUGAACAGAUGA